AUUUAGCGAGAGGUAAUACAGUAUUGCCAAUCAUAAGAUAUUGUCGUCUGUAUUUAGUACACUUACUAAAACACAAAAACGAUCGGAUAUCCAGUAAUUGUAAAACUAACACGUUAGUACUUCGUUAAAUAGUUGGAUACACGUAAGUCCAUAUGCCGUAUGAUAACCACGCACCUUGUCAUCCAAACAUCUAUUGGCGACAUUGAAAUGGACGAGUGAUAUAGUUAAUCGGAAACCAAAAAUAAAAGCUUAGUUCGAGAGCAUUCAUCAUUUGUACUGUACAUAUCCCUAGGAAAGAGACAUGUCGAAAAAACCAAAUCAACAACCUGCACUUCACAAAGUUAUUAUGGUGGGAAGUGGAGGUGUUGGAAAAUCGGCCCUGACACUUCAAUUUAUGUAUGAUGAGUUUGUUGAGGAUUAUGAACCCACAAAAGCAGAUUCAUAUCGCAAGAAAGUAGUAUUGGAUGGAGAAGAAGUACAGAUUGAUAUUCUAGAUACAGCUGGACAAGAAGAUUAUGCUGCUAUAAGGGACAACUACUUCCGAAGUGGAGAAGGAUUUCUGUGUGUUUUUUCAAUCACGGAAGAUGAGAGCUUCCAAGCUACUCAAGAAUUUAGAGAUCAGAUCCUGCGUGUGAAGAAUGAUGAGAAUAUUCCAUUCCUACUGGUUGGGAAUAAGAGUGAUUUGGAUGAGAAACGGAAAGUGUCACUUGCUGAGUCUAGUGCAAGAGCGCAGCAGUGGGGUGUACCAUAUGUGGAAACUUCAGCAAAAACGAGGGACAAUGUGGACAAGGUGUUUUUCGACCUUAUGCGAGAAAUUCGGUCCCGGAAGAUUGAAGAUAAUAAAACAAGCAACGGCAGAGGGAAAGACAAGAGCAAGAGGAAGAAACUGAAAUGUGUCAUUCUCUAGGUUUUCUUUGAUCUGUUGCGUAAAAUUGUGGCACAGAAAGCUGCUGAAAACAGUGUGGAGAAGAAAGAAGAUACGGCAGCUAAAAACUGUUGUGUGAUUAUGUAAAAUUAAAGUAUA